UGCAGUCCCAUCCAAACUCACUACAACCUUUCUUAUGAGUAACGCCGAGUUUGAUCGCUUACUGGAUGAACAAAGGAUCGGCAUCGAACGGACUGACUCAGAGAUUAAGAACCUAUUGGCUUCCAAAGAUGAGUAUGAGUCUCUGAUUUCGAAACUUGAGGACCUGCAGAAGUCUUUUUCGAAGGACGCAUGCCUCCCAUUCAGCCCCAAAGCUUUCGUCAUGGGUCAUCUUGUACAUACUAACGAAAUUCUGGCUUACCUUGGUGGAUCUUCGAAUUAUUUUGCUGAGAUGUCCACUUACGAAGCUGUUCAACUUAUCCGACGGCGAAUCGGUAGGAUCGAUGUGCUUUUGAAGUCUCUUGAACAACAAAAACGGUUGAUUGAAGACCGACUGCAAUAUACUUCUGACUUCAGUCAUACCAAACGGAUUACCUCUGGAGACAAUUGUGCCUCACUUAUUGAUAAUGAGGAGGUCGAAAUUAGAGAGGAUUAUGAUUCAGAUGCUGAGCGUAAAUGGAGGAUCGAACAUGCAAGGAGCCGUCAGCGGGAAAGAGAGGAACUGAAGCAGUUGCCUUCUCCGGAGCUACUUAGUAGAAAGGUCAGCUUUGCCAUACCUGCUGAACCCAUCGUUAGCUCGGACGACGAAACAUUCAACUCAUGCUUACAUUCAUCAUCAACCAUUUACUUUCAACACGAUCCUAGUCCUCGUUUACCAGUGCGAACAGAAGUAGCGAAUUUGUCCACCUUAACUUUGGCAGAAGCCGUUGACAUGCAAGUCUGUUUGGGAAAAGUCACAGCAAUAGAAUUGCAUGUGGACGCACCUGGACCCACUUCCGAUCAACUGCCACCCGUUUCUUCGUUGCCAAUCCGUGCUGUUGAUCCUCCUACACGUCUAUCCCGCUUCAAAGCGGAUCGUUUGAAGCUUCAGGGGCAUAGAACAUAGCUGUGUUUCUUUCCUUGAUCUCUGCUACUUUUCAACACUAUGGUCACCUUUAUACUCUGUUAUUUUUGUGCGAAUGGUGUAUAAACUGUUUUGUCGAGUUGCCUCACAAUCAAGUCUCAUAAGAUCACUUUACUAUAACCGUUUACGAACCGGUAUGCAUAUGAUUGUUUUCAUUUCAUAUACGUUGCGUGCACAUAGUCCGAUACUCACCUUUCUUACCACACGACGGUCGAUUACCCCCUUCGACCUAUUUUAACCUAUCUUUGAAAUCUGAUGGUCACUAACAUGCACGGUCGAACAAGAUCUUAAAUUAAUACUGUGCCAUCAGAUUGGCCAUAGUAGUAAGCACUUCUCAAGUGUCUUCAGUGCUGUUCAUGAUAGGUAAUUCAUUAGAAGUCAUACAACCACGAUCCCAUCAUCUCUUUCACAUCUGAGG